UGCAACUGCGUUGUACCUAUCCUAUUUGAGCUUCAAAACAUUUAUUUGAUUAAAAAAGUUCUCAAGGAGAAGGCCAGCCAUGGUCAUCUGGUCAGUUAAUUCUGUUUUCCUGUUCGCUAUUUUCGCAGCAAUUCCAGGGAAUGAGUCAAAGUUUAUUAACUUUAAAAACGGCUUUGAAUAUAUUUAUCGAUAUGAAGGCCAUAUAACAAUCAAAGACUUGGGGAAAUUCGUCAUGGAAGCCAAAGUGAGUUAUACCAACAUUCGGACCGUGAAUGAUGACCAGGAAUUGCUGCUAAAUGUGUACACCAUUAAUGUCGCCCCUGAACAGAAUCCAGAUGUAAACGGCAUAGAAAAUGAUUUUUCAAAAUGGUUUUCAUUUGUGAUAUCUUCCCGGGGAGUGGUGAAUCAUGUUUUUCAUCCAAGGCGAGAAGACGAAGAAGUGGUGGCAAUCAAGAAAGGUCUUGCCUCCAUUUUUGCAGCAAAAUUACAUGAGGAAGGAGAGGUUCCAGGUACAAAUGAUAGUAAAGGAUUUACUUACAAUGUGUCUGAACUUGGAGGCGAGGGAGAGCAUAACAGUACUUACAUCGUGUCCUUGACAAAAGAGGGCGUAGAGUUCAAAAAGACAAGACAUAAUCAUCCAGUUAAAAAUGCAAAGGCUUCCUAUUUGAAGACAAUGGUAUAUCACGACUACCUUAGAACUAUUCACAGUGUUCUUAUAGAAGAGAAUUUCACAUCGCCCAAGACACCUCAUGGAUUCAAUCCUCUACAUGGAAUGAGAAAAGUGAAAGCUGUGAAUGAAUUUAGUACAACAGAAUAUCCAAGUAUGUCAUACACCAGUCGGGGUAAACUGACCUUUAUAUCGAGACACGAGCACAAAAAAGAAUGGUUGAAGCCAACUGAGCACUUAAUGAAAGCGCCUAUUGAAAUUGGCAAAGUGAAACAUAUUCCUAAACACCUCAAUUUUACAGAAAUUAGAAAAAACAUUGCAACUAAUCUUACUUGCAUAGAAAACCAACCAGAACAAGGUUCUCCUGGCACUGCAGUAUGUUUUCUAAACAUCGUAAAUCAACUGAAGAAACUGCCAGAUAAAGAGGUUGAAAGACUUGCUCAUUUCUACUUCGAUAUCUUACAGACUACGACCGACAAGUAUAAAAAGGCAAAAGAAAAUAUGGUUGAUGCCUUUGGAGCAAUGAGUACAGAUUUGUCUGAGAGAAUAUUAGCUGAAAAGAUUAUGUUAAGUUCUUCUCCUGAUGCUAAUCUUGUCAAAAGGAUUUUGACUCAUGUUGCAACAAACGAUAAAAUCCCAUCUGAGAUAAUGAUGAAAGCAUUAGAAGAUGCAGUUUUUCACCAAGAAAAAUAUCCUGCAGCAUUUUACGCCAAAGAUACUCACAGUCGAUGUAUGCUUGCACUUGGAGCUGUCAGUCACAAGCUGAUGAAAGAAGGGAAAGCAGAAAAAGCCAGAAAAAUUAUUAAUAAAAUACAUGCAAAUCUAGGAUUACAUGACCCAUGGGAAUAUAGAGUAAAAAGAGCUGCAAUGACGACUAGGGAAAAAGAGGAAUAUGAUCUUAAUAAAGUUAUUUUACUGGAAACGUUGGGGAAUGCCAGACUAGACGAAUCUUAUGACUUCAUUCUUUCUCAUAUCAACAGCACAAACUCGCCAUGGAUAAAAAGAGCGGGAUGUCAUGCUCUUCGGCAUUUUGACCAUGAACAUGCUGCAAACACCUUACUGUAUGCAGCUCUGUAUGAUGAGGACCAGUCUGUAAGAUAUGAAGCCUCUCUCCUGUACAUGGCACACCCCAAAGGGAAGAUGAUUGCCCCUAUGAAUGUUAGGGAGACAACUGUGUUCGACAACUAUACAAUGAUGGAAUACCCAUACGAUAAUGGUGUAGAUGUAAUAGGUUUAACUUCAAGCCACCAGAGAUCUCGUAGAAGUGUUUGGGAUGGACUAAAAUUUAGACUUGAAGCUCCAAGCGUUGAUUGGAGAAAGCAUAUUGGAACAACAGACAUAGGAGCGUCUUUUGGAGUUAUUAUGAUGAACCUUUUAGAUUUAGCAAUUGCUCCAACGCAAGGUCAUCUGAAAGUACGAGUACAUGAUGAAGCUUAUGCUAGAGUCCAUGUUGGGAUACUUGGUGUUAAUUUUGACUUCUUUGUUGCUAGAGUUUGCUUCAAAGGUGGAACUGAAUACAACAUCAAUAUUUUACAGGGUAACGAGAUGAAAAAGAUUAUUGAUAUGGCCAGUAAUUUCUCUAAAAAGUUGAAAGAAAUCGUGGAGGGUAUUAUAGCAGGUGUCGACCUUUUCAGAAGACUUAUAAGUGGAAAUAUCAGUUUGAAAAAGAUUGUCGACGAUUUAGUUAUGGCAGUUACUUCAAUCCCACAAAAGGUAUCAAACUUGGUGGAAAAAGCGUCUCAAGCAUUGGCUGUAAUAGGACAGUAUGAUCCCGAAGAUUUGCCUCCUGAGUUCAAAGCAACCAUAAACUUUGUCCAUAAAGUUUCCAAACUGUUUAGUGACAUAAAAGUGGAUGUAAUGGGGUUUGUCAAUGCGGUUGAGCAGUCCAUUAAUGUUGUGAUACCUCAUCAAGUGAACGCAAUAUAUGAGAGUAUUAAAGAUAUUAUCAAUGGGUUUUCAAAGAUUUUGAAAAAUCCCAAAGAAGCCCUUGGAAAUAUCGGGAAAGGGGUGUUCACCAUUUACACAUCCAUAGUUAUCGUGAUUGAACAAAAACAGAAAAUACAAGAAGCGUGCUUUUUCUUACGAGAUGAAAAACCCUAUUGGUUUGAUGUUGAACGGCUGUUGGUUGAAUACCAGCCUUUGGCUGAAGAAGCUUUUGCAAGCUUAAAAAAUGUUGGAAAUAAAUGGACGCAUGAAAAAAUAGAAGCAUCAGAGGACAUAGUAAAAAAAUUUACAAAGGGCAAAAUGACGCUGAAUGAUCUUCGACAAGAGGCAGUACAAUCACUGGAAACUGUCCAGGCACUCUUGAUGGAUCCCUUCAAUAAUAUUUUAGGACUAGCAGAUAACUUUGUGAAGCAAUAUUCCAUCUUUUUUGGACUGAUAAAUAAGAUUAAAGAUGCCUAUACUACAUUAAAAGAGGGAUAUGAUACAGCAAGAGGAAUAAUUGAUGCUAUAUUUGGACCAAAAGCUCACAAAGACUUUCCUCGAAAUUUUCGAUUGAAAGGAGGUGGAUGUGACAGCGGAUUUUAUCCAGCAUCCCUUGGAGGGGAUCGCAGUGAAUACAAACAUACAGGAAUUGAUUUGUUGGUAGAAAAAGGAGACCAGCUUGUUGCUCCGUUUGCUGGUUCUAUAACUGUGGAUCCUACAAACUCACACACUGUUAUCAUUGGUUCUGAAGGAGGUUCCUUGAGAGGAAUCACAGUAUACAUAACCAACAUUGAACCCAAUUCCACAAUUGACACAGAUGAAGGCAGAUCAGUAGCAUCUGGUCAAGCUAUUGGAACAGUCACAGGCUCAGAAUGUGAUAAUCAUAUUCAUCUAGCCAUGUUUAAGAAUGGAGGAACUUAUAUUGAUCCAACGAAAUACAUUGAAUCGCUUAUUCCUACUGUACCAACAUGGAAACAAAUCUGUGAUGAUUAUAAACUAGUCUUCAUGAAUUAUACGAUUGUGGCAGGUUUUAUUGUUGGUUCGGAUGGAGAAAAGGAAGUCAAUAAAGACCCAACAUUAACUAAUACAGAAGAGGCAAAUCCAAUAACAGAUAUUGAUGAUAGCAGUGGCGGUCCUGUUUCUGCUUUUACUGGCAAUGUUCCAGCACAACAGAACGCACUUUUUGAUGCAGUUAAGGCAAAUAUCAGGAGUGCUUUGGACUUUGACACAGGUGAUAGCCAGUGUGCUGCUAUAAUGGGUAUUCCUUCGUCAGUUGUUAAAAGGUCAAUUGGAUCCGCAAUUAAAGGAAUGUUUUCAACGUUAUUGAAAACUGCAGAUAAAUUUUUAGACAAAUUUAACUUAAGGAGACUGAAAUUUGGUACAAUUAUGGAGUUUUUAGACAAAUUUGGCAUGCAACAGAGCAAGGACGCCUUGGGUAAUGUAAUGGAAGAAAUAAAGAACAUAAUAGACAACACAAAAUGUAGAAAUCCCCACGAGAUGACAGAAGACCAGCUGGUGAAUGAACUAACAGAGAGAGGGAAGGACACCCUGGGAUCUAGGGAACAGCUGGUGGAAAGACUUGUUCAGUCAGACAAAUCUUGUCCUCUGCUGUCCUUCACCAUGCCAAAGAAUGUCUACUGCACCUUUGACAGCAUGUGUUUGGGACUGGAAUGUUGCAUCAACCUAAAGUUUGCCCUGUAUAUGAAAGUCUUUAAAAUUUGGGCACGACUUGAUCCCUGCACGACACCCAUGAUGUUGUUCACUAUAGGACUUGAUUCAUAUACUUACAACAUUCAGAUACCAAAGAAUAUUAGUUUUGAUGGUUAUGAAGGAGAAUUGAAGUCAGGAAUUAAAUUAGACUUUUUUGGAGGAAUGGAACCGUCUGUCAGGUAUAGAAUAUUUAAGGACCAGAAUGUCACCCUUGUGACCAUUGGAAUUGGUCUGUGUAGCUUUGAUGACUCCGAUAGUUGUAUUGUGUUUGUAAAUUUGCUGGACAAAGCUGUGUUACCUGUACCCACCUGUAUUGCAGAUGGAACACUUGUGUGGCCAGAAGUGAAUUUAAAAAGUUUGUUCCGGAAAGAAGCUCUGUAUCAGAAAUUCAAAGAGCAAGGGAAAUCUGUUAUUCAACAAGUUAGAUCACAGCUCCAUGAGAAAUUCUUGACAAUGCUCAAAAUCUCAGAGGACAUGCUGAAUAAAGAAAAUGCAGCCCCUAAACCAGAUACUAUGACCAUAGGCCAGAUAAAAUCCGAGCUAGAACGGAGAGGUUUAUCUACAAUUGGUACAAAAUCAGAGCUGAAAGCAAGGCUUACACAGGAUGAUCUAACAUGUGUAAACUUCACAAUGGAAAAAAUACAAAGGAGUCUAUCAGACAUAGUGUAUUACAAACUACAGAAGGACUGUAUGAGGAUAGAUUUGUGGACAGACAUUAAUGUAAAAAUACUUGGAUAUGACUUUAGCAAAACGCUGUCAGCAUACAUAGAAUUGGAUCCGUGCAGUUUUAUAUUGCAAAUAGGAUUUGAAAAAUACAUAUGGACUAAAGUCUUAUUAAAUUAUAAAUGGGGCACAGAUGAAAUAGCUGAAAUUAGUGCAAAUGUAAAAAUCAAGUACAGUGUGGAUAAAGAUGAUAGUGAAGGGGUGUUCAUCAUGAAGUUUGGACUAGUCAUCUGUUUCUCUCCCCCGUCAGACUGCAUACUGGAUGGCUACAUUCUGACUAAUGUAAAGAUCCCUAUUCCUAAUUGCAGAGACUUUGUUUUUCCAGGUGAUGGUUCAUUUGCCGAUCUUUUAGAGAAAAUAGGAGGGAAAAUGUCAGAAAACAUCUUUGAACUUGUUCUCAAGAAAUUUGAUUUGCAUGAUGUAAUGAGACUAGGAUCAUGUCCCGUUAUACCAUCUUCUCCUGAAGACUGUCCAGCUAAGAUUGAUGUUCAGAAGAACCUCCCAGCAGCUGUAAGAGGCAUGGUGAAAUGUGAACAGCCUGCUAACUGUUGGGGAAUCGACUGCUGUCUACAACUGACCUUCAACAUACCACUAGGAGAUACCAAGAUAACAAGAAACAUCAGAUUUUGGUUCAAACUUGACCCGUGUGACUUUUCUCUUGACAUUGGUUUUGGUGGGAAAACUCUCCUCAAGACUUAUUUGUUGGAAUAUGAAUAUGGAAAGCAACAAAGUUUAACUCUUGGGUCAGGGAGCCCACCACCAUUGCAAAUUAAUUACAGAAUUGACAAAAUGGAGGGGAACAAAGGAUUCAUUGUGGAUGUUGAAAUAUUCAUCUGUUUUGACUUUGAUGGAAAUCUUAUUUGUAUUCCUACUAAUAACGGACUUCAUCUCCUAAAAAGUCAAGAAAUUCCACUUUGUGAUAAGCAUUUUCCUCUUAAAUUCAGCAAUUUUUCACUGAGCGAGUGGAUGAGGGAGAAAUCAUUGGAUCUAAAUGAACAACUCGCAGAGGGAGCAGUCAUGCUUCUCCUGGACCAACUCAAUCUGACAGAUUUUAUCCAGCGACCUAAAUGUGACAGAACCAGAGCACCGUACAUCCCGUCUAUUCAAGGAAUACAUAAUGAGUGUCCCAAAACAAUUGCAUUCCUGCCCUCACAGAUCCCAGACCCAAUGUCAUGUCACAUCCCGGACUACUGUACAGGUGUCGAGUGCUGUGCUGACAUUCCUGUGGUGGGUCUUGGUCUCCAUGUGUCCGUCUUUCUGGAUCUGGACAAACUGGAGCUCCGGAUUGGUUUGGAAACAGUAAAGGAGACUAUCAAACUCAAUGACUAUGUGUGGGGAGAAGUCAAAACCAUUGCUGUGGCUGAUGGCCUCAUUAAAUUAAGGUUAAGUGUAAAACCAAUAACCAAUGAGAAUGUUUAUGUGUUCAAUGUUCAUGCAUCUGUUUGUCUGAAUGGAGGAGACUGCUCCAUUGACAUUCCUAUCCUCAGUAAUACAAGGUUACCAACGAUAAUAGCCAUUAAUACAGAAGAGAGCAAGAAUUUUUCUUUCACAAUCUGGUUAAAAGAAAUGGAAAUUCCAUCAGUAAAUGAUCUAAAAGACAACGCUAAAACAUUGCUGCUCCAACAGCUGGGUAUUGAUCAGUAUCUGUCAGACAAACCAUGUGAUGCAGGGGAAGAAUUGUACUCACCAAGUCUUCAGGGAUGGAAAAACCAGUGUCCUUUGGAUUGGGUUGUUUUACCAGAAAUCACCUCCAACAAAGUUAGAUGUGGGCUGUCCUCUAACUGUACAAGGAUAGACUGCUGUGUGGACUUCAGCCUCCUGAACCUCAAGCUUCAUUUCUUCCUUCACUUUGACAGGUGUAACUAUGUCAUCUCUGGAGGAAUAGAAAAGAAAACAUUUAGCUAUGGGCUGCUAGAUUUUAACACAUUAUGGGGCAAAGAAGUUUCAGUUAAUGUCGCAAAUGUUAUAUUCAUCAAGUUUAAAGCAAUUAAAUUGGAGGUUUCCAAGAAAUAUGUGUUAGACAUGGAUGUUUCUGUGUGUCUGGAACCUGAUCAUUGUGAUUUAGAUGUUUCAAUUCUGGAUCAAGUACUAAUUCCAAUUCUCAAUUGUGACCUAACAAUGGACUUUGAUGUGAAAGGAUUUUCUCUCUCCAACUGGAUGAGAGAGCAAGGCCUGUCAUUUGAUGGUAGUUUGUCCACAUCGCUGGCUGCUGCUCUGUUCAAGAAGCUAGGCAUUGAUUCCUUUCUGAAGGACCCUUCAUGUGACAGGACAGAGUCGCCAAACAGCGUCAACAAAAUCCUACAGAGUGGAUGGUCCUCAGAGUGUCCAGCUAACAUUGAUUUACCAAAAUUAAGGGGAACAACUGCAUGUCAUAUAAAGAACACGUGUACGGCCAUUAGGUGCUGCGUGGAGGUAGGGAGGGUGAGCAGGACGUUUGAGGUGGAGCUUGAUAUAGACUUCUGUAACCAGAAACUGACUUUUGCAGUAGAGAAGCUAACAGACACAAUCUCUCUGCAAGGAUUUGAAUAUGGUAAACGGAGAGAAAUUGUCAUCAAGGGUGUCGUAAAGUUGUGGUACACUAUAUGGGAUCACAAGGGAGAGGGAGUAUAUGUAGUGACGAUGGAUCUCGCUGUGUGCUUUGAAGAUGGAGGGGACUGCUUGAUCAACACAAAUGUCCUAGAUCAGGCCAAGCUCUCUAAACAGACCUGUGUGUGGGGAACGUCAUUCCUGAAUCCAAAUUUUUCCCUUGAACAGUUUAUGAGAGACAGCGCAAUUUCUACCUAUGAUCAGAUAAAGGGCCUUGCUCUAGACAAACUAAAAGAGGCCCUGGGUCUUCCUACAUUCUUAGAUGAUCCACCUUGUUCAAUGACGGCUCCUGGUUACACCCCCAAUGUCAACGGCAUUAAAAAGGUGUGUUCCAAAGACCUCUUUCAGUCAGACUCUUCCCUUCCAUUCCUCCCUAGUAACAUGGUGUGUCAGAUCACAGAGUCCUGUACUGGCAUUGACUGUUGCAUCAGAGCUGAUCCCAUCCACCAUAACUUCCAUGCUUACCUUGAUAUAGACCCGUGUAACUUCAAAAUCAAGUUUGGUAUUGACAAAUUCCAGUUUGAGAUAUACAUGCAAGACUUUGAGUUUGGAAUUGAAAAAGAUGUCAGACUGGUCAACGUUGUACGCAUCAAGUUCCAGAUUUGGGAUUUAUCAGCUGAGAACCAGUAUGUUUUAAACCUCAGAUUCAGUGUUUGUUUCGAUUUACACUCCUCUUGUGUCAUGGAUAAAGUCAUCUUUGAUGAGAAGCGCCUACCUAAGAGUGUUUGUGAAUUUGCGUCAGCUGCUGAAAUACAAAACUUUUCCUUGGAGGAGUGGAAGGCUUCCCUUGACAUCUCAAUGGACACACUUCUUCCAACCCUGACCGAUCAGCUGAUGGAGCACCUAGGUAUAGCCGGCUUCUUGUCUUGGCCACAGUGUAGUCUAGCUAAUGGAACCACCAGUACUAAUGGAUGGAUUGAUGAAUGCCCCAAAUCAGAGCUGUACAAGAAACUAAGUCUAGCUGGAUUACCUUUGACAUGUUCCAUAAGUUCUAAGUGUACAGAGAUCCACUGCUGUCUACAAGUGAAACAAAUAGGAAGGAACUUUGAAGUUUACAUUGACCUUGAUCCAUGUAACAAAACGUUGGUUGUUGGCAUAGAGCAAUACAGAACCAAAGUCAAUCUUCUUACAUACACAUUUGGAAAGAAGGAAAGAUUUUGGUUACAAGAAUUCAUAAAGAUUGAAUACACUAUAGAAGAUCUUAUGGGAGCAGAUAGAUAUAUGGUUGACAUCAAAGUUGAAAUCUGUUUGGAAAAGGACAAGCCCUGUAUGAUUUCCAAAGAAAUCACAAAAGACUUGUAUCUUCCUAAACUUGGAUGUGAUUGGUCUCUUGACUUUUCUCGUUUUUCACUCAGUGAUUGGUACAAAAAAGUGUCGGUUCCUGUUGGAAGUUUCUUAACAGCCACCCAUCUUUCCCUUUUGAAGGAAGCUCUAGGAAUCACUAAUUUCCUGCUGCCUAAGGACCAACAGUGCAGCAGGAUGUCUUCUGAUUACAAGCCUGAGACCUCUGGACAGCUUGGAUGGAAAAUAGACUGCCAAGAAUCUAUAGAUAAGAUGACUGAAAUUGCAACUGACCUACCUCUGAGUUGUCACAUAAAAGACCACUGUACAGCAAUAGAGUGCUGCCUAGAUCUACAGAGUCCCCUACAACAAACCAUCCACUUCUUCAUGGAUCUGGACCUCUGUCUACAAACUCUGAAAUUGGGAAUAGAAAACCUGACCUUUGAAACAACAUUACUGGCAUACAAAUACGGAACCCAAGAUUAUUUCAGACUAGCGGAUUUUGUGCAAAUUGUAUACCAGAUUGAUGAUGUAAAUAAAACUUCUCUGGAAGUAACUCUAAGAGUUAAGAUCUGUCUUGAGGAGAACUCCUGUUUAUAUGAUGUAAUGUUAUUGGACAAGAGGAGGAUUCCUAAGUCAGGAUGUAGCUGGGAUUUUUCUUAUACUAUUCAAGAUUUCUCAUUGAAAAACUGGUACAAGGACAUAGGAGCAAAUAUCAACUCCACAUUGUCAAAGCUUAGUGCAGCUAAACUGCUGGAAGAGCUGGGCAUCUCUAAAUACGCCCAGGACCCACAAUGUCAGAGAUCAGGCCCUGUGUACAGUCCACAUGUUAACGGUUGGAAAUCAGACUGUCAGAUGGAUGUGUUGACCAGCCCAAUCCCAGACUCCGUUACAUGCUUGAUCAAGGACACUUGCACUGCUGUCAGCUGUUGUAUGGACAUUGACUUCCUACAGAGGUCUUUUGAAAGCUACAUCACAAUAGAUGCAUGUAAUCACUGGAUCCAUGUUGGAAUUGAAAAACUGUCCUUCAACAUCUCCUUCGAUGAUUUCCCCUUUGGGAGAGAAGACAAAUUUUACUUGAAUAGUGUGAUUCGGCUAGAUUAUAAGGUAGAAGACUUAAAAACAGAGAGACAGUUCCGAGUGUCUGCAACCUUGAAAGCCUGUUUUGAGGCAUCAGGCGAUAAUUGUCUUGUUGAUCUAGCUAUCUUCAAAAACACUCUGGUGCCCAAGAAGAUAUGUGACUGGACAGAAGGAUUUUCAACUGCUAACUUCAGUUUGUCACAAUGGUACCAGGAUCUUUCACUGACACAUGGAUCGAUUCUCUCACAGCUCAACAGAGACAACCUUUUAGAUCUCCUGGGUAUUAGGUCUUAUCUGAACAAAGAACCAUGUUCCUUUACCUCAAGUACAUACAGUCCAGCUAACAGUCACGGAUGGAAAAAUGACUGUAAUAAAAACCUGGAUACUAGCUUACCUGCACUACCCUCCUCAGUCAGGUGCUCCAUACCUGACUACUGUACAGGUGUGACCUGUUGUGUGGCAGAGAACUCUGUUCUAAGGCACCAUUUUACAGUGGGAGUUCAGCUGGAUGAUUGCAACCACAUCCUGACAUUUGAAGUAGAGAAGCUUAAAAUUGAAUUUGCCCUAAAUGGUUACAACUUUGGUAUUACAGAAAAGAGAUACCUGAUGAGUGUUUUGCAGUUUGAAUUUAGAAUUGAUGACAUACCACAUGAAAAGCAUUACAAAAUCUCAGCCAGCUUAAAGGUUUGUUAUGGUAUUGGUCCUUGUGCUUUGGACACAAUUGCAUUGAUUCAAGACUUCAAACUGCCUAAAACACUGUGUGAAUGGGGAACUGGCUUCCUAUCAGAAUUUUCCCUUGAAUCAUGGCUGUCGGACAAAGGACUAGACAUAAAGACUGCUCUCUCUUCUUCGGAUGCCUCCUCGCUUUUAUCUUCUCUGGGAGUUUCAGAGUUCUUGAAAGAUCCACAAUGUUCAAGAACUUCGGCAAGCUAUCAAACAAGCAGCAAUGGAUGGAAAAAUGACUGUCCAAGCACCCCUAUCCUGCCACCUCUACCCAGUUCAGUGUCCUGUCACAUCCCAGACAGCUGUACCAGCAUUGACUGCUGUGCUGAGGUAGCCUUCCUCGGGGGUCGCUCCAUUAAUGUCCAAGUUCUCAUGGAUCCUUGUGAAGCCAUCAUGAGUCUAAACAUUGAGAGAAUGCAAUACAACAUCACUCUGUUUGACUAUGACUUUGGAACAACUGACCAUUUUACACUGCAAGGAGCCCUCCGCAUUGACUUCAGCCUCCAGAAUCUGGUAAUGGACAGGAAAUACCUGUUAAACAUGAACUUGAGUGUUUGUAUGGAGACAUCUGAUCUCUCUGAUUGUGUUUAUUCCAUUGUGAUUUUCCACAACACAAUAUUACCUAAACAGCUUUGCAGCAUGGAAAUGCCCUAUUUAAACCCCAGUUUUGACCUCUCCUCAUGGAAGACCACACUUGGAUUUGGCUCCCUGUUGACACAUGAACAGACUAAGUUGUUACUGAGAGAGCUUGGAGUGGAGGAGUAUGUAGAAGUCGGCUGUUCUAGGAACUCUGUACCAUACUUCCCACAGACACAGGCUGGAUGGAAUAUACCAACAGCAUGCAAAGCACGACCCCCUAUACUAACCAGCAACAGCAUCAGCUGUCACAUCAACGCUUCCUGCACAGGAAUCAGCUGUUGUUUUGAUGAUGACAUCACAGGAUUGACCUACCAGAUAUCAGUCACUGUUGACUCUUGUGAAGAAACACUGGUUAUUACACUGGAAAAAAUGAAGUUCGAGAUAUCUUUGUUUGACUAUCCAAUGGGAACAAAAAGCACUGCUCAACUGUUCGGAAUUCUACAAUUGGAGUACAUGAUUGACGACUUGCACCUACGAGGUGAAAUUGUCAUUGACCUUAAAGCAAGGCUCUGUUAUUCAAAAUCAAAAGCAUGUGAGCUUGAAAUAGUAAUUCUAGAAGAAUUCAAGCUUCCUAAACCUCUAUGCAACUUUACUGAAGGAAGUUUUGCUAUUCCAGAUUUUUCAUUAAGCAAUUGGAUGACGGAGAUUGGAUAUUUGGGAGAUAAUGCUGUGCUGGAACAGUGGGCAAUUGAUUUGCUCAAAUCAGAGCUGAAAUUGUCAAAUUACAUGCUGGACCCAAUGUGUCAAAGAACACAGUACAAUGCAGGAGAUGGAAAUUGGAACAUAGAGGCUUGUCCAGAAUUGGAGUCAGUUCUGCCCUUACCGAGUCAUACAUCAUGUGCUCUCUCUGUGUCUUGCUCUGGUGUCACGUGUUGCACAGACAUUGCUCUACUGGCAACUUCUAUACAGACUGAAGUCAGUGUGGAGAGAUGCAGGGGAAAAGUCUAUAUCCGCUUAGAAAAACUGGAAAUUGUCAUCAUGCUCAAUGAUUUUGAAUAUUCUUCAUGGCAGACAUACACAAUACAGAAUGUGUUUAGAUUGGAAUACAAGAUAGACUUCAUCUCUGCUGAGUCAGCUUUCUUGUUUAACAUCAAGUUCAGUGCUUGUUUUGAAACGAAAGGAGACUGUAUGCUGAAUAUUCAAAUUUUGAAAGAUGUGAAAAUACCAAUUCUUGCUUGUAAUUUUAGUCUGCAACAGUUUGCCAUUCCAAAUUUCAGUCUCAAUGAUUACCUUAUCAGUAAAGGGGUUCCUACUUCCAUCAUUUCAUUGUCCAGUGUAAUGUCAGACCAGCUCCUGGAUCACCUUGGUGUAAGCAAGUUGUUCAGUGACACUCCAUGCAAUAGAUCAUCGUUUGAUGGGACUCUUUCAGGCUUUGAAAUUGAAUCCUCGUGUUUACAAGAUAUUUCUUCCUACAUCCAAAUUCUACCAGCUAAUACUAACUGCAGGAUCUCCUCUGGAUGCAUGGCCAUACAGUGUUGUACAGACCUAGCUUUGAUUGGACGGACACUGAACUACUCCGUCAAUAUUGACGCUUGUGAUCACUCCCUAUCAUUACAAAUAGAAACUUUCCAGUUCCAACUCUCUCUAGUUGAUUUCCAGUUCGGAGACGAACACGUUUUUGGCAUAGAUCAAAUCUUUUCAUUAAGGUACAAGAUCAGAGACCUGAGUGGUCAGGGACAAUAUCUGGUUGACCUGAAGCUGAGUGUGUGCUUCAGUGACAGGGCACCUUGUCAGAUGGAGGUCAUCAUUGUCAGCAACUACUUGGUGACCAAACCAGCAUGUGCUUGGUUCAACGGAUACAAGAUAGCUGACUUUUCUUACUCAAGUUGGCUAUCUAUAAACAACCUCAAACCAACCGACAUUUUUUCCUACGGCAGCAUGUCUAAACUUAUUGAAACACUUGGUCUACAAAAAUAUAUGAAGAAGGAGGCCUGCAAUACAAAGGAAGGGCUAUACAAGAACUCGUAUCAAGGAUGGACUUCAGGAUGCCUAUCGGACAAAGAUAUAACAAAACCUCAGCUGGACUCGAGCAUUGCUACAUGUCACCUACAGAAGUCCUGUACUGGAGUACAGUGUUGUGUCAGCAUCUCCUAUACAGGCAUAUCAGUGGAGGCAUUUAUAGAAAUCAGUCCCUGUGAUCAUCAGCUCCGAGUAGGGAUAGAAAACCUUCAGAUCAACAGAAGCCUGUAUGGUUAUAAGUUUGGAGAAAGGGAGAAGUUUGACCUUUUUGGGGUGGCUGUUGUUGAUUUCCAGAUAGUAGAUAUGGGUUAUGCUGGAGUAGAUGGGAUGUAUUUGGUAAAUCUAAACAUCAGUGUCUGUCUAGAGUCAGGACAACCAUGUAGUACAGUGAUUCCAGUGUUUGUCAACAGUCUACUGCCAAAAGAAGCUUGUGAUAGAGGUUUAGACUUCAUCAAUAAAGCAUUUUCCUUGGCCAACUGGAAAUCUAUCCAUGGUAUAUCUUCUGGUGUCACAUUAAAAGUGCCUCAAGUGAAACAACUAUUACAGGACCUCGGUGUAUCACAUCUCCUGUCAGAUGAUAAUAAACGAUGUGUUUGGUCAAAAACCCCAUAUAACUUGGUCAACAGUUCAGGAUGGGCAGAGGACUGUGACAGGGCAACAGAGAAACUGCCUUUACUUGGUCCAAGCACCAGGUGUGCAAUUUCCACCUCUUGUAGUGAGAUCAGAUGUUGUAUUCACUCCGACAUCCUGGGAGAAAAUCUGGAGGCGUACGUUGAUCUUGACAAAUGCAAUGCCAAGGUUUCAGUGGGGAUAGAGAAAUACCACUGGACUGACAAACUCAUAGGGUACAAAUAUGGAGACCCAAGACAUAUUUCACUGAUGGGAAUGAUCAAUUUAGAUUAUAUCAUAACAGACUUUGAGACAUCCUUUGGAGUUAGUUUGAACCUGAGUGUUUGUUUUGAGGCCAAUGGAGCAUGUGAAAAAGUCAUUCAGGUCUUCAAUGAGCACAAACUCCACAAACCGUUCUGUAACUGGACAUCAGACUUUGCCAUCAAAGAAUUUUCAUUGAAUAAUUGGAUGGAAACCAAUGGGUAUCCUUUGUUGGCUGUGCUUCCUCUUUAUGCAGCUUCACAGCUGCUGCAUGACCUUGACAUAAUUCAGUACCUGGGAGAGUCAAGCUGCAAUAGAAAAUCUGUACCCUUCUACCCUAGCAAGCUUGGGUGGAAUAAUGGCUGUGACCAGUACGUAACUCUGGGUGGUGUCCCUGCUGGUACCACCUGUCACCUGUAUGACUUCUGUACGGGAGUCAGGUGCUGCUCAGAUAUCCCCCUGCUGGACAGAUCCAUCAACACCUGGCUGAUAAUUGACCACUGUAACUACAAACUCAGUGUUGGGUUCGAAAAGCUCUCUAUUAAUGUCAGUCUCCGUGAUUAUGAGAUGGGGAAGCAAAAAGAUGUCAUCAUCAAUGGUGUCUUCAGGAUUCGAUACAGAAUUGAAGACUUGAUUAAGGAACAAAAAUAUCUUGUAAACAUGAAUAUCAAGAUAUGUUUAGAGGCAAACAAGACUUGUUUGAUUGAUGUUUCUGUGUUUAAAAACACGAAACUACCCCAAAAACCUUGUGAAUGGAGGACGAACUUUAUUGAUGAAGCUUUUUCACUUGAUGCUUGGAAACAAACAAGGGGAAUACUUUCUUCAGGAUUGACGGACGAAUAUCGCGCGGAGCUUUUCCAGGAUCUUGGUUUGUCACAAUUUGUGUAUGAAGACAGCAGAAGAUGUAGCAGCAGCGAGUCACCAUAUAUAGGAGCUGUGGAGAACUGGAACAAUGAGUGCAAUGGGACAUUUCGAGCCCCUCUUCCAUCUCUGGCUGGUAAGGAUGUCACCUGUCACAUCUCCAGUUCCUGCGCUGCUCUACAAUGCUGUGUACAGGUCCCCAUCAUCAGCACCACAUUCUCCACCAAACUGGAGGUGGACCCAUGUAACUUCCGGAUGACUGUGGAGAUAGAUCAGCUCAAAUUCACAAAGAACCUGUUUGAUUACGAAUGGGGCCAUGAAGAACAAGUCUGGCUCUUCGGUGUUGUCAGAAUUAUAUUCAGUGUGUUUGAUUUACACUACGAAGGAUACUACAUAAUGAAUCUAAACCUAGAGGUUUGUCUGGAAGCUGCUAAAGUACCUUUGUGUGAAGCAGCAAUACAACCCCUAAAGGACUUUUAUCUACCAAAGAAACUCUGCCAAUGGGACGCACCGUUUAGCAUUCAAGGAUUUUCACUUGCUGCAUGGCAGAUAGCAGAAGGUGUUGCCAACACAAUACCUAUAGACAGCAGUGUGGUGGAUAACCUCCUCUCUGAUCUGAAUGUUGCUGCCCUUGUUUCCUCUCCACCCUGCUCAUGGACUGACAAUGACUAUUUAAAUGCCAUUACAAAUUUCCAGCAAUAUUGCCCUGAAGCCGUACAAACGUCUCUGUCCUCCAUAACUGACCGGGCCCUGUGUACUGUAUCCUCCUCCUGCACCAACAUCAGGUGCUGUGUCAACAUUCCUCUGUUGAACAGGACAUUUGAAGUAGGAAUGGAGCUCGACUACUCCUACAUGUCCCUCAGAGUGUAUGUAGAGAAAAUGACCAGAAGACAGUCCCUGAUUGGUUAUCAGUUUGGACAGGAGGAAACCCUGAGUGUUCAUGGAGUCUUUAAAUUAAGUUACAAGUUAAACAACUUGGAAGAUGGAAAUCUUCUUGAUAUGAGUUUAAGAGCAGAAGCAAGCUUUAAUGAUGGUGGACCUUGUGCAGUCAAUCUUCGAAUUCUACACAAUGCAUUGAUACCAAAAUUGAAUAGGAAAUGGUUUUCUCAACAUAAAUCUAGGGACUUUUCACUAAGUAAAUGGAAAGUUGAAAAAUCAGUAACUGGACCGUUAGAACGUUAUCAGAUAAGUGAAUUGUUGGAGAUGCUCAGCUUACAACCUUACAUGAAAUCCUCACCCUGCAGCAGACAACAGGCAACGUAUAGCAAUGCUGGCGCCAAUGGUUGGCAGAAUGAUUGUACAAAUGUGGACUCCUUUCUGCCUCUUGAACUGUAUCCACUUACCUGUCACCUUGACAAUACCUGUACUAAGGUCUCCUGCUGUGUUGACUCACCUGUCAUAAACUCCACCUUUGAGGUCGUGAUGGACGUUGACCCCUGUAACAGAAUGUUGUAUUUGGGAAUAGAAAACUUAAAGAUUCUGAUUCCUUUUAAGGAAAUUAAAUGGGGCACCAAAAACCAGUUCUAUCUCCACAGCGUGAUAAGACUAGAAUACAUCAUUUAUGAUUUGUACACUCAAGAUUUUUUCCUUACUGAUUUACAACUCUCGGUCUGUUGGGAGAGUUACAAGGAUUGCGUGUUAACAGCAACCAUUUUUCAGAACACAUUAUUACCAAAAAGAAAAUGUAUUGGAGAAUUUGGCUUUGAAAAUUCCUCAUUUUCGCUGACGUCUUAUGGAUCCUCACAUGAUUUAGACCUCAACAAUAUCUCAGAGAUUGGUUUGAUUUACCUUUAUGAUUAUAUUGGCAUAUCCACAUAUUUAUUGCCUAAAACAUGUAACAGAUCAAGUGAACACUUUCAACCUGCAAGAAAGGGAUGGAAAAUUGAGUGUCCUGCUGAAGCUUAUCUUCCUAUAUUACCUGAUACUGUAAACUGUCACCUGACCUCAAACUGUACAAGUAUUACGUGCUGUAUGGAGGUCACAAGGCUGAUGUCCCGCCCAGUGACCUUUCACCUUUCUUUGGACAGCUGCAGUUGGACCAUCAGCUAUGGAAUAGACAGUUUUGUUAUUGAACCAACAGUUAUGUACAACUUUGAAUUUGAUGUGUGGCAUGAAUUUUGGAUGAAAGGAAUUUUUAGACUUAAAUUUUUGGUCAACUAUCUAAAUGGAAUAAGUCGAUUCCGUGUCAGUUUACAUAUCAUGACUUGUUUUGAGAGUGCAGCAUCGUGUGAUCAGGAUAUACUUGUACUGAACAAUACACUUUUGCCUAAAUCAGUGUGCAAUUUUGCCUUGGGAACACCCUUAAAAGAUUUUUCCUUAAGCCAUUGGAAAGCAGAGAGAAAAUUUUCAAGUAUGGAUAGUCAUAGCAUUGCUAUACUAGAGGAAGAAUUAGGACUGUUUGGAUAUUUUUAUCCCAAAAAUCAAAGCUGUGAUAAAACUGGUAAAUUCUCUGCCUCAUCAGGAUGGACAAAUAAUUGCCCAGUGACAUUAGCCUCAUCUUUGCCAUACAUAAAUGGACCAUUUUCCUGUAUUCUGGGGGACACAUGUUCUGACAUUACCUGCUGUCUAAAUGUUGAGCCACUCUCUACAUACUUAACUAUUAGAGUUAGUCUAGAAUACUGUCAGGACAAAAUCACCAUCACAGUGGACAAGUUUCAAGCUGAAAUGAAAGUCAGCAAAAUCAUUGCCUCGGAACAAGAGGAACUUAUUCAACUCGGAAAAAUUUACAAGUUAAAACUGUUUGUUGAGGACCUCCCAUACUCCAACCAAUAUGUGGUCAGUGUCUCCAUUGCAUCAUGUUGGGAAGGAGCUCAGUCCUGUUUGGUGUAUACCGUUCUCUCCAACACCAGGCUGCCUAAGUCUUUGACAAAACCAUACUGUAACUGGAAGGGAGAGUAUGAAGACCCAGACUUUUCACUGACCACCUGGUUAUCUUCCACUGGACACCCAGACACCACACCACUGACAGGUGUGGCCUUACAGAAUCUCAUGGAGCAUCUACAGCUCAGCAGAUUCAAGGCAGACAACUGUGAUCAGACAUCAGCUCCAUAUGAACCAAGGGACAGUAAUGGAUGGAACAGCACCUGUGCUAGUCUCCCGGACUUGUUACCACUUCCUGGAACUGUUGCUUGUCAUCUGUCCAGUUCCUGUACAGCAUUGGACUGUUGUGUGUCCAGCAGUAAGCUAGGACAGAGCUUCAGGGCAUACUUAGAUGUUGACCCCUGUACAUCCCGAAUCACUGUUGGUAUUGAUGACUGGACAUUUACUGAGCUUUCUGAGGAAACCAUCAAAAUGCUUAACACUGAAUUUCAAAGAAGUAUAUGGAUGAAGGGAGUUGUAAGAAUGGAUAUGACUAUGAAGAAUUUGUGGCAUGCCAGCAAAUAUCUAGUGAAUUUGAAGAUCAGUAUUUGCUUAGACAGCCAUAGCACAUGUGAUAUAACCAAUCUGACAAUCUUUCAAAACACACUGCUUCCAAAGACAAAAUGCAAUUUUAUCCAAACCUUACCUGAUGGAUUUUCUCUCGUGACUUGGAAGAUGAACCAUUCUCUUGGUCCCCAUGAAACACUGUCAGACAUCAUGAAAGCCAGGCUUGUUGACCAUCUAGGUUUAUCAGGUUACAGAAAACAAAGAAAGUGUAGCAGGAACAGUUCACCCUAUUGGCCAACUUACAAUGGAUGGAAAGAGGAGUGUAGGCUACCAGGCCUUCCAUACAACCUGGAAAAGAAGACAUACUGUCAGCUCCACACAACCUGUACCUCUAUAACCUGCUGCACAGAGGACACAGAGCUACAGACCACCAUCUCUUGGUUCAUUCAUGUCGACUCCUGUCAUUUCAAACUCAGCAUUGGAAUAGAGGAAUGGAAUGCAGAGUUCUCACUGAUUGACUUCAGAUUUGGUCAACGUCGGAUUUUUCAACUUGCUGGAGUAUACAGAAUAGGCUUUAUGAUGUUUGACCUUCCUGUGGACUCCCACUACAUGCUGAGUGUUAACAUCAGUGUGUGCUAUGAACCAGAUCAGUGUAUUCUAACAGAAAGUGUACUCCAGGACACGAUGCUUCCUAAACCACUCUGUGACUUCAAAACCACUACCUAUGACAUACCUGGUUUCUCACUGACAUCCUGGACAAGUGAGAGACAUUUGCAAGCAGCCUCCUUACCAAAUUAUGGUCUCACUGAGUUGUAUGAAGAUCUGGGCCUGGGAAUGUUUGUUAAAGAAAGUUCUUGUAGUGGAAGCGCAAAUUUCAGCUCUCUCAUUAAUGGAUGGGCAAAAGACUGUCCCCUUAAAAUUACAACAGAUGACUUACCACCAAGAUUGGGCUGCUACAUCCCAUCCUCAUGUACUGCUGUGUACUGCUGCCUCAAUGCUUCUGUCCCCUUUAGGAGAUCCCUGUCGGCAUUUCUUGACAUUGAUCCAUGCAAUCAAAGAUUACUGAUUGGCAUUGAAAAUUUCAUUCACUCGAUUUCCCUGUAUGAUAUUGUGUUUGAUCAAGAGAUUUUUUACUACCUGAAGAACGCCAUCAGAAUGAGAUAUACAGUGUUUGACUUGACUGCAGAGAGACAGUAUCAGGUCACCCUUCACGUUGGCCUCUGUCUUGAAGCACACAGUUCAUGUAUAUUUGAAACCACUGUGUUCAAAAAUACAUUGCUUCCUAAGAAAGUAUGUAAGCUGUACUCAGGAUUUGCUCAUGCAAACUUCUCAUUGAUUCAAUGGAAGGCAGAAAAUGGUCUUGUUAGUUUAUCAGAAGGAGACAGUCAUCUACUUCAAGAGGAAUUGAGAAUUUCUCAGUACCUGUGGACAUAUGGUUGUUCGAGAGAAUCAGAUGACUUCAUCCCUCAUACCAACUACUGGAAAGAUGUUUGUGGGACAGUACAAGGCAUUAGACAGUUCACAGCAUCCGACCAGAUCUCCUGCUACCUGGCCUCUAACUGUACAAUGCUCACCUGUUGUAUGUUUGACCCUGUCUUGUCUAGAAAUGUACAGGUCAAGUUGAAUAUCGAUUCCUGUAGUUUCAACAUGCGAGUAGAGAUUGAAAAACUUCGUUUUGACAUUAGCUUGCUAGAUUUUAAAUGGGGAGAAGAGGUAAAAGUGGACAUAUAUGGAGUGUAUGUAUUAAGUAUGUUGAUGGAAAAUUUCUACAAUGAUCACAAGUAUCUUCUGAGUCUGAACAUAAGCCAGUGUUAUGAACCAGAUAGCUGUGGUGUCCAGCAAGUAGUGCUAAAAAACUCAGUCAUUCCCAAAGCUGUGUGUGAUUGGUCCAUGGAUUAUCUCAUUAAGGAUUUUUCGCUAUAUAUUUGGAAAUUGAAGAAAGGUCUUGACACAAGAAACAGUGAAAUAGAAGAUCCAUACAUACUUCAGUUAAUGGAAGAGCUGGGCAUAGCAGCAUAUUUCAAAAACCCAAUGUGCACAAUAUCACCAAGCAACGCAGCAGGAAGAGUCAACGGAUGGACAACUGGUUGUGCAAUGAACAUCAGUACGAACAGCCUUGUAUCUAACGUGAACUGUCACUUACUGCCCACCUGUACUGGAGUCAGAUGCUGUGUCCAUGCUUCACUGCUCAAGAGGAACUAUGAGGUUUACUUUAACAUUGACCACUGUACCAGCAGUCUCAGUCUACAGAUAGAUCAGGUGUACCACAACCAGACUCUGGCAGGGUUUAACUGGGGUGAAGAAUAUUACUUCAAGUUAUUUGGAGUUUACAGAAUUAGAUACAAGGUAUAUGAUCUGCCAGAGGAAGACAAGUAUCUUCUGACCCUGGAUGUAAUGGAUUGUUAUGAAUCUACAAACCCUCAAUGUAGUCCAUCAGCAACAUUUAAUGUGUUUAACAAGGCAGUCAUUCCUAAGGCUCAGUGCUCCUGGGAUCAGAGUUACCGCAUCCAAAAUUUUUCACUGAAGUCCUGGCUUACCAGAAAUGAUCUCCAAAAUGCCACAGAACUGAUUAAUAAUGACUACAAACGUACUCAGAUGCUGGAUGAACUUGCAAUAUCCCAGUAUUUUGAUGCAUCUAUGUGUAGCUUGACAAGUCUGACUGCCAACUCUGGAUGGACCUCCUUUUGCACCAAGACCGUCUCUAGACCAAGCAUCUCUGGAGGUCUGUGUCAUUUGUCAGAAGACUGUACAUCCUCCCAGUGCUGCUUUAAUGUAGACUUUAUCAGACAUAACUUCAGAAUCUUCCUCAACAUAGACCCAUGUAGUAAAGUUCUGAAUGCAGGCAUAGAUAAACUAGAGAGGGAAAUCUCUUUGGUAGAUUACCAGUUCGGAAAAGUUGAACAUCUUUGGCUUGGAGGAAUCGUCAGAUUAGAUUUUGCAAUUGAGGACUUUUAUGGAGAGAGACUAUACCUUGUGAACAUGAAUGCAAGUUUCUGCUUUGAGUCGAAUGAAGAUUGUUCCAAGACGAUCACAGUGUAUAAAGAAACUCUUCUACCCAAAAAGAUCUGUCCCUGGGACCAGAACCAAGUGUUUUCCCUGAGUCAGUGGAAAAGAGAACAUGAUAUUCAGUUUGGUGUUCCAUUGAACACCUGGACCAAAGCUCUGCUGUUGGAACACCUGGACAUUGCACAGUACAGGGAGUCUACUGAAUGUCAAAGAGGAAGUGGACUCUACACGUCUUCCACUUAUAACUACAGAAACACAGGUUUUAAUCUGAAUGCCUCGCACACACCACAAUUAUGUCCGAUGGCCUUGGACCUAGAGAACCAUCCACUGAGCCCUGACUCUGCCAGUAAGGUCACCUGCUACGUCCCCAGUCUGUGUACAGCUGUGGACUGUUGUGUAGACGUCCCUGACCUUGACAUGUCAUUCCAUGCCUACUUAUCCAUUGAUCCAUGUCGGUAUACUCUCAGAAUUGGAAUAGAUAAGUACAGCUACACUGUGUCACUGGAUCAAAUGGAAUAUGGCCAAAAUAAAGUGUUUAAUCUAGCUGGAAUCAUAAAACUUCUAUACAAGAUAGUGGACCUCCCAGCAGAAAAGCUGUAUGUGGUGUCAGUGAUGCUUAGUGUUUGUACCGAGACCUCAGGAUGUGAGGCUAACCACACGAUAUUCAACAAACUAAUGCUGCCUAAACAACCUUGUCAAUGGGAUGAAGGAUUUGUAAAUUCAAACUUCUCAGGUUCUGCCUAUAUGAACAAAAAUGGCUACACUACACCGCUCUCAGAUUACCAGUCUGCUAAAUUGAUGAAAGAGUUGAAGGCUUCUUACUACUUAAACACCGAUUCCUGUAGCCAAGACACUGACGUUUACUUGUCCUUAGAGGAUGGUUGGAAUAAUGAUUGUUCAAAGAAUAUAGAAUUGACCAACCUGACGGGUCAGGCAGUUGUGUGUCACAUUUCCUACCUGUGUAGUGAGGUACAAUGCUGUGUUAGAGCUGAUGACAUCAGGAGGACCUUCCAGGUGGAGCUUAGUGUGGAUCCCUGCUCAAAGAUUAUGCUCAUCAAACUUGAGAGGCUCACCAUCAAAGUCGACCUGCUGGUCUUUCAGUUUGGAACUGUACAUCACUUUAGUCUGGUUGGCUUCCUGAAGGCAGAUGUUAAUCUGCAAGAGAUUGUUGACAUAAAUGGAUAUAUGAUAGACCUUACCAUCAGUGUCUGCUUAGAAAGCAACGGGACAUGUAUGUUAGUGGAAACUGUGCUGGAUAAAACUGUAUUGCCAAAGACUGUUUGUGAUUGGUCAUCGGGACUACAAGGCUUUUCCUUGCAAAAUUGGCUCAGUUCAAAGGGUGACAGUGAAGUGUCUGGCUCUUUACCUGAGUAUGUUCAGUAUAUGUUACUGGAGGACAGAGGCAUUUCUAACAUGAUGAAGGAGACCCCCUGUAGUAGAACACUAGUACCCUGGGAUAACUCAACUAACAUCGGAAUUGGAUGGACUUCAAAUUGUACGUCAACAACGAUGAAACUUCCAGACUUACCAUCUGAAAUAUCUUGUAACCAUUACCAUCCCUGCAAUGCAGUCACGUGUUGUAUGGAAAUUGCAAAAUUUAACAACAGAACUAUUGAAGUAUCUUUUAACUUUGAUGAAUGUGCCAACUUUCUUACAUUGACAAUAGAAAGGAUAUCACAGACAGUUUACCUGCAUAAAUUGUCCUAUGGAACAGAACAUAAAUUUUCAUUAAAAGGAAUUUUCGAAAUAAAAUACUCAAUCAUACGGAAUACGGUUGCAGAGAAAUAUGAGAUUCAUGUUGUAAUGUCUGCCUGUUAUGAAUCAUUCAGCUGUGACCAAGUUGUAACCAUUUUGAAUCGCACAUCAGUUGAUAUGAAAAACUGUUCUUACAAUGAUGGUUUUUUAAAUUCCAACUUCUCCCUUAUUGCUUGGUUGGCCUCCCGAUCUAUUCCUAGUGUAAAGGAUAUUACUGUGCCCCAGGCCAGUAAACUCCUAAUGGAGCUGGGACUGGACCACUUCCUGGAUACUACCGACAGGUGCUCCCUGUCUGACACGGUCUAUAGAGCAGCAGGAGCAAAUGGAUGGAUAAAUGAGUGUGACCGUUUCCCAAACUACACUCUACCAACCCUCACCAACAAGGAACAGGUUCUCUGUCACCUCCCCUCUUCAUGUGACAGAGUUAGAUGCUGUGUUUACAUCGCUCCUGUAAAGAGACAUGCCCAAGUGGUACUUUCAAUGAAUACAUGCAGUUACCAGAUAGAGGCAGAGAUUGAUAACCUAAGGAUCACACGAAGCUUGUUAACAUAUACAUGGGGUACAUCAGAAGAAAUUGGAAUCCAUGGAGUCAUAAAAUUCAGGUUUCAUGUCACAAAUGUGAUCACUGAAAAGAAUUUUAAAACUGAUGGAAAUGUCAAGCUUUGUUUUGAAGAAAGUGUGUGUACAGAGGUGUUUGAAUUCUUUGAUCUACCUAUAAACUACGGGAAUUGCAGUGAAAUAGGAAUCAGCUUUGACUUUUGGAAACAGUCACAGUGCCAGUCUUUCGCGUUUGAUGUAAAUGCAUGUAAUGACACACAGAUAGAGGGUAUUCCUUUAGAGGCCCAGAGUGACUGUAGGUAUCUACCUGAUUGCAGUGGCUUAGAAUGUUGUUUUGAGAGCCAGUUUGAUCUCGGCAGUAGAAGAAUUUACUUUAUGGCAAGAAUGGACUGUAACUACUUUAUCUUUCAAGUAGAGAAUAAAAAAGUGCAAAAGUCCUUGACAAGUCUUACUGAGAAAUCAAAUUACACAGAGAAAUUCGGAGAUCCGGUGAUAUUUCAAGUCUACUACAUCAAAGCCAAAAAUCCUGCAAAUUAUGCUUUGGGGGUCGCUUUGUCAAUAUCAAAAUCAUUGUCUGGCGGUUCGUCAUCUUUGAUUUACAAUAUCAUGAAUAUAACAACUACAAGGAUAAAUCCAUCAGGAUGUGUUAAUGGCACAAGGAGGCGGCGAAGAAGUACUGCUGACCUCUUAAAAUUAGAUCCAAACAAGUUUGUGGAAAGUAUCAGGAUUCUACUGAAAAACAACGCGCCAAACGAAGAUUUUCAUGCAUUCUAUGAACGGGUGCUGGAUAGUAAUGAAAUUGAAAAAGCAAACAAUUUGGCGGCCACACUCCUUUCAAACAACGAUGUAACAACUGGAAUCAAGUCUCAAGUGCAGGCUCUAGGGUCUGGUAACCCUUUUAUCAUUAAAACUACAGGGAACACUGUCAGUUCAGUCACAGUUCAGGGAGCUGAAGCUAUUGCACAAAGACUGAGCUCAAUUGAUCUGCCUGGAAGAGAAUACCAGACAUACAUUGUGGGAAGUGGAGUAACUGCAAAAGGGACAAAGAAGUUGGCGAAGAUGUUAGCAUGCAUGACCAUUGGUGACCUGGAUGCCUUAUUACAUUUAAAAAACAUCGAUCCUGCAAAAGUGACAGAGCUUUUGAAGGAUAUACAAGACUUGGCAAAAGCUCUGUAUUCUGAAUUUAUUAGCAAGCUAUUUUCUGAGGCAGCCAGUAUAUUUACAAGUUUUGAUGUCUUGCUGAAGGGAGAUUUCAGCUUUCCCAGGCAACAAGGAAAACUGUUUGCAGUUUCUAUACCAAUUCCAGUUGCAGGACUUCUGAUCAUAGAUUUUAGUUUUGGAAUGGAUUACUACUACGGUGUACAGUUUGCUGUUGGAGCAAAGAUAAUGGAGAUGAAAGCCAUCGUUGAAGUUGAGCCUUAUGGAGGUGUGAUAGUAUGGGGAGAACUUGGUGUAGGAUAUGCAGCCCUUUAUGGAAAACUAAGGCUAGUUGGACAUGUAAUGGAUUCUGGAUUUCCAACAACAGCAGAAAUAACUUUUAAUAAAUUCCCACUAGAUGUUAAGUUACAAAUGUUUCUAAGACUUACUCCAAUCAAACUGAGAUUAUAUGCAGUAGUAACGCUGGAGGUAAAGCUUGGAUUUAUUCCAACUCCACUGACAUUGACGUUGUAUAAAGCAAAACUGUGGGAGUAUCAGACGGCAACAAUACGAAAAUUGCUGAUUGACAACACAAAAGCUGAAGAAGACGAAUCACCUCCCAAACUUCAAAGCUACGGAGGUACCACACCAGCAGGAUCGUGUGGAAUUUCCCAGGUGACAGGAAGAGAUCACACAGAACCAGAGUUUAUUGUCAGUAUUCAGGCAGAGGAUGACAGAAGCAAUGUCAAUCUGCACUUAGACAUCGGUACAGUGCCUGGAGGAUCCAAUGUCAUGUCUAGAAGACAAUUUGGGGGCUUCUCAACAGCAAUGAAUGAUGUCUUACAUCCAGCAGGUGUUCCUCUUUACUUCACAGUCCAUGUGUCCAAUGAAGCAGGUGUGAGUGUCCCUGCCACCUGUAAGCUGGACACCUUUGAUGUAACUAUACCAGGUGGGAGGAUGGCGGAAGCUUUUGUGUCCACCAGUAACCCCAAUGUGUUGAAGGCUGUAGUCACGGUGUAUGAAGACUCUCCUAUCAAACAAACCAUGGUGGCAGUGGGAUAUGGAAAGAACACCUGGGCAGAACAGAUCAUCAGAUGGACUCCAACAACAGUAGCAGCCAAUAUUGUGGAUUAUGAUGUUGGGCAUGACCCAUUAAAUCUUAAGGUCAUAACUUUGUUUGCCUCUGGUAAAGCAGGAAGACUUGUUGGUAGAGGCAUUAGUGUCGGUGAUUUCUACCAAAUAACAACCAAGGAGGAGUGUGCUGCUAAGUGUAAUGGACUGCAUGCCACCAAAUGUUUAAGUUUUAACUACGAUUUUGGAUCUUCUGGACACUGUGAGCUUCUGGAGGCUAUUGAAGGGCAUGAUCACAAAAUAUCACGUCAAGGACAUUACAUGCAUUAUGAAAAGCUAGGAGUCGGUUCCAAUAGAGGAUUUCAAUACAACAAUCUACAGCUGCCUCAUGACCACAUCAUGUAUUUCAACUUCCGUAUUGUUAACAGCCUGGGGUUUGAGAACAUACUGUCAUCCAAACCUAUACUCACCGAUUAUACCCCUCCAGAUCCUACAUCUUGGCAGAUCAAUAUUACAUCAGAUAGAUUAGAGACGAUAAAAUGUCUUGAUGUGAUUCCUGAUGACAGAGAUGAUUGGGAGGAAAGAUUCUGUGAAGGAGUCAACCCCAAGACAAAGAACCACCGCAUUGUCAUUGAUGGAGAGGGUUCAGAAACUGUCUACAAUGGGCACACCUAUAAAAACGACCUUACCUACACGCGAGCUAAUAGAUAUAUCUCAGCAAACUGGGAUGGAAUCUAUGACAAUGAGACAGGAAUCCUGGGUUACUCGGUCACAGCCGGGGAGUCCAUCUGUGAGGAAAAGAUCAAACAACACCACGACCCCCACGCCCACCUGUUUGAUCGGUCCCAAUGGACACACACUGUCAUGAUGACCCCUCUGGAGGAACCCUAUACUAUUUUACCAGAUGGCCCCUAUUACAUCACAGUGAGAGCUAUAAACAACAUACAGUAUGGAGGUGCACUCAGCACGAGCAUCUGUCAUUCCUCGCCGUACAUAGUGGAUAACAGCCCCCCACUGGUCUAUGAAGUUUACAAUGUCCGCUACGAUGAGCACAAGUUUAACCUCUCUCUGUCUCAUAAUUCAUCUGAUCCAAACUCUGGUGUGAUAAGAAACGAUCUUUGCCUUGGAAAGUCCACCAGAGACUGUGAUGAACUGAUGUGGGUUCCAAUGGAAUACAACCAAAACAUGACCUACUUAAAGAAAAUAACAGAGGGGGUUCCUAUCUGGGUGAAGGUCACAGUUGUUAACAAUGUGGAUUUAAGAACGAUUGGAAGAUGUGAUUCUCCUCUGAUUGUGGACAAUUCACCACCGGUGGCUGGAACUGUUAAUGAUGGAGAGAUAUAUGGUUUAGACCUGGAUUUCACUAGAUAUGAAGACAAGAUUUGUAGCAACUGGCAGAGUUUCUAUGACCCUCAAUCAGGCAUUGCUAUGUACAUGGUGGGUGUUGGAUCCUCUCCCAAUCAGACCGAUGUCGCCAACUUGACUCGAUUUUCUAGUAAAUCUCACGUGGCUUGUGUGGAGCUGAAGCCAGAUAAGUAUCUUUCACACAACCAGAAAUACUUCACCACUGUGUAUGCAUACAAUGGAGGUCACAAACAGCAGAAUGUAUCGGCCAUUUCCAAUGGAGUUUUGGUCGAUUUAACAAAACCAGUUCCAGGACAGAUUGUGGAUGGGAAUUCAGUCAAUUUCACAGACAUGAAGUACACCACAAGUCAAGCUAAAGUUGAUCUACAAUGGAAAAGUUUCUUUGAUCCAGAGUCCAACAUAAGUCAUUAUGAUGUUAAAGUGUAUAGGGCAGGAAACCUGAGUCAAGAUUAUGAAGAAAUCCGAGACUGGACAAAAUUUGAUGCUUCAACCAGCAGUGUUAAAUGGCUGAAUUUCCACAAUUACCACAAGGACAUAAUUAAAACCUCUUUAAGAACCACAAACAGGGCUCUGAAUGAGAUUGUAAACACUACAGAUGGGUUUAUUGUUGACUUGACUCCUCCACAGUUACACUACUUGUGGGAUGGGGAUCAAGAAAAGGACAGAGAGUUCCAAUCAGACAUAAGUCAACUAACAGCAUCAUUUAAGUACACUGAUAAAGAGUCCGGAGUUGACCAUAUAAAACUUGAAAUUUUUGAAAUGUUUCAUGGAACUCGAACACAGAAGUAUCCAGAAAUCCAUAACGAAUGGAUGGAACUUCCCAAUGGAGACAUGACCAGCUACACUUGGACAGGCUUGUCUCUGAGGAAUGGAGCGCGAUACACCAUGAGAGUAGGAGCUAUCAACCAUGCUGGGUUUCUCGCUUCCUUUGAGACAAAUGGAGUUGUCAUUGACAUCACUCCACCAAUAGUUUUAUGGUUGAAAAUUGGAGUAAGUGGAGAUGCCAAGGAACAACAGAUAGAUGGUCAUGUAUGGCAGGCAGAUAGGAAGGGGGUCCAGGCGACCUGGCUGUGUAAGGACCCAGAGUCUGGAAUCACAGAGUAUGAAGUAGCAGUGGGAACCUCUCCAGGAGGAACAGAUAAGCUGCUAUGGAAAUCAGUUGGCACGGAUAGUAGUCCAUACAUCAAUGGACUGAAUCUAGAACUGACUAACCAGACAACAAGAUCUCCUGUAUACUAUCUGUCAGUCAGGGCCAGGAAUGGCGCAGGAGUUGUCAAUUCCUCUCCUAAAAUCUCCACACCCAUCAUUGUGGUGGAAGAGGACAAAGCUGGCAUUGUUGUGGAUGGUCCCAAUAAUGUGGAUCGGACAGUGGUAGAGAGGCAAGCAGUUAACGUCACCUCAGACAUCGACUACCAGCUGGGCUCCUCUACUGUGUCUGUCCAGUUCACUGGGUUUGAGAGUGCCCUCCACGGAGUGAUGCGUUUUGAAGUGGCUGUUGGCACACAGCCUAGUGGAGAUGAUGUGCUUCCUUUUACAUCAGCCAACAUUGUCCACAACGAAGAAGAAGAUAUUGCUGGGCAUGGUUUAUCAAGUUCUGGUUUUGUCACGAUGAACUUGCCUCUGAAAGCCAAUAAAACCUACUUUUCAACAAUACGAGGAGUAACAAAUGAAGGUAACGUCUUGGAAACCAGUUCUGAUGGAUUCACUGUGGACCAAACACCUCCAGUGAUUGGAAUUGACAGAUUGGGAGACAAAUCAGCUACCGAGGUGGAUGUGUCUAAGGGGGUGUUGAUUUAUGAACAAACAGUGGAUGCAUUAUCAGCUAUGUGGCAUUACAAUGACACUGAGUCGCAGAUUGUCAGGGCUUGGUACUCUGUAGGAACCUAUCCAUACGGCCAGGACAUUGCCAGCAGAAAAAAAGUCACCAUAACAUCAACACUGUCCAGUUUCCUUGCCAAUAAUGAAGUCACACCUGAUAUUACAGGUAAACCUAAUAUCAUCAGUGUGUGUGCAGAGAACUCUGUAGGACUGGUCAGCAAAUCAAGAACAGGAACUGUGGUCAUUGACAAGACAGCUCCAACGGCAGGCACAGUCAGUUGUCCAGCAUUCAUACAGGCCUCUGUUCCUGUUGUUUGUACAUGGACAGGAUUUUUAGACACAGAGUCGCCAAUCAAAGAGUACAGAAUAAUGAUGGGCAAUUCUAAGGGAGACAACUCCCUGUUCUCUGGUGGUCUUGUGCCCGGUUACAUGCAAACCUUCACAAUUCAAGGAAUUGGACAAAAAAUGGAGCAUGGGGCCAAGUACUAUGUGACAGUAACAGCAGUGAACUCUGUAGACAUGACUGAGAAUGCUUUCUCUGAUGCCAUCGGGGUGGAUCUUACCCCACCACAGAAAGGAAUGGUGGUGGAUCUCAGCUCAGUUUACAGAAUUGAUGUAACCAGCAGUGACAACACUGUGGCUAUGAAUGCCAAGAUCUGUCUCACAGAAGAUGAAUGCAAGACCCUUGAUGCAGUGUGUACAGAGUCCUUGACCUCUCUUUCCUUGACUUGGAUUCCCUUCAAAGACCCAGAAUCAGAUAUUACUGAGUAUCAGGUAGCUGUAGGAACAACACCAGGAGGGGGACAGGUCAAAGCAUUCUACAAAAUCCCUGUAGACAGUAAACAUCACACAGUCACUGGACUCAAUCUGGAUGGCUACAGACAGUUGUUUGUCUCAGUAAAGGGGAUCAAUGGAGCAGGAUUAAGUAGUGUCUCCACUUCUGAUGGCGUUUACAUAUCGUACCUGAGUCAAAGGAAACCACCCCUGUCUCCUAUUGGUGUCUUUGACAUGACUGAUGGAGAAGAUGUUGAUGUAGAUUUCCAGACAGAUAUAAACACCAUACAGGCUGGGUGGGACAUGUCAGGUGACCCCUGUCCAGCGGUUCAGUAUGAGUGGGCUAUCAGGAGAAUUGAUGGACUGGAGGUCUCCAGUUUUCUGAAUAUGGGAGUGAAAACAAGAGGACUGAAUGAUGGGUUAGUCAUGAAGAAUUUAGAAACCUACAUAAACUUGGUAAGAGUGACAAAUGCCAUAGGAUAUGAAUAUACCAUGAGAUCCAAUGGUGUGACAGUACAGGAGACACCUAUUCUGCCAGGCAAGGUGUUUGAUGGAGACAUUAAUGGUUAUGAUCUGAAUUAUCAACCUACCAAAUCUACAGUAUCAGCCAACUGGAACGGGUUUGGGCUGCCAGCAGAUGCAAUAUUUCAAAUUGAUAUCAAAAGUGGUAAUCCAGGAAUACAGAUAGAUAAAAACAAAGUUGAGGAACAGGAUGGCAGUCAACAAGUGGCAUAUUAUCUGGUGGCACUGGGAACUGACCGCCGAUUCAACCACACCAGAGAUGAUGUGGUACCAUAUACUAAUGUGGGAACAAACACUUCAGUGACCUUUUAUGACCUUGACCUGACCGCAGGCAUUGCUGUUUAUUAUUUCUCAGUGUAUGCCAUUAGUAAAUCAUUCUCCAGAACCCUAGUGACUUCUAAUGGUUUCUAUGUAGGAUAUGAUGGAGGAGUUACUGUCGGAUCAAUAUUGAUGCCUGGUCCAUGUGUGUCUCAGUCAUCAGAGCUAGAAGUACAAUACGAGAAAUUCACCUCUAAACUUGGCAUUUUGAUGCACUAUAUAGCAAUUUCAAAUCACACUGAAGCCAACUUCACGAACUGUAAACAAUAUAUUGAUGGUGGUAAUUUACCAGAACAAGAGAGGAAAUCAUUGUUCUCUGUCCUUGAUGUCACAAACAUGGGACAUGACACUUACACCAACAUAUCAGGCCUCCAAAUGGAACAGGGAAAAACUUACUAUGUUUGGGUCAUGGGCACUGACAAGUCAGGAGCAUGUGAAAUGACUUUCUCAAAGUUUUUGGUGGACGUUACCCCUCCUGAGGUGGGACGACUAAGAAUAGGGCCUUGGUAUGAUAUGAUGGCUUAUACCACUGACAACAGUAGCAUAAAUGUAACCUGGGAGGGAUUUGAAGACUUUCAGUCUGGAAUUUCUACGUUUGAGGUAUCCCUAUGGAAGAAUAAAACCUGCCAGAAAAACAGUGAGAUAGUCCUAGUCACUGAUUGGAUAACACUUAGUAGAAACUACUCCUUCUACCAGUUGGUGGACCAACAACUUGAGAAAAAUGUUCCCUACUUUGUGAAGCUGCGAGUGAUUAACUGCGCUGGUCUGUCUGUGGUGAUAGAGUCUCCUCCAGUAUUUGUUGACUUUACUCUUCCAAGUCCUGGGGUAGUCAAGAAUGGAAUAAAUUUCCAGAGUGACCGACUGUGGUUCUAUGAUCCAACCUUUUGCCAAGGAACUUUCCUACAUUUUGCCAAUCCCUAUUUCCUGCAACACACCUGUCCUGAUCAGGAAAUAUCAAUGAGGGACAACACUGAAUGGAGACAUCUGAAUAAGCUUGGGAUGCUGGAUCCUGAUGGAGAAGCCUGGAUGAUAAAGUAUGAGGACAAGUAUGUCAUUCCAGCCCCUGUCGAGGACAUUGUAGACAUUAAACUUGUCCUCACCAAAGAUUCUACCAACAGAGACAUCAUGGGAGCUGGUGCUAUCUACAGAAGAGCAGAACUCUACAAUGGUGGCACCUACAAGAUAAGAUUACAAGCUGCUGGUCGGGAUGGGGAGGCGGUAACAGAGAUAUUGUUUUGGGAUGGUCCAGAGGAGGGCAUUGCCACAUACAAGUAUCAGCCAGAGGCAGAGUUUGUCAACUGCGACUGCUGUUUUGUAGAUCCGUUACCUCAAUGGUGCUCCGGCUGCAACUGUACAAGCUACUUAAUGAACCAAGGUUUUUAUUUGAAUGAGACAUUCACCACCACCCCUGCCCCUACCACCACCACACCAGAAAAUGUGACCUUCUCUCCGUAUGACGUGGUUGACAAACAAGGGUCAAGUGUCAUUUACAAGCCUGGUGUUACAACUAGUACAGCAGAAGACUCUUGUGGAGUGCAGAUCUAUUCAGCAAACUUGAAAACCAACACAAGUGCAUUCAUUGUGUCCUGGUGCAGAUAUUUCAAUGACACAAGCAGAAUGAGAAACUUGGUUACUGAGAUUGACGUUGAUCCAAGCGAUGGUUUUCAUAAUUAUAAAGUGGAAUUUGCUGUCAAAAAUGAGGAGGCUACUUCUACUGUAAUUUGCAUGAUGGUGUACAUGGAUGACGACUUCCUGAAUGAGAUCUGUGAUGUCCCUCAUCUGUCAACUGAAGCUUUACUGUUCCUUCAUGUGUUCAAACGCCUGAACCAGUUACCAGAACACUCGGACAAGUUCAGUGUUUGGUCAGCUAGAGCUUCAGUUUCUUCUCUCGUAAUGCCACCCCCUGUAGGAACUCUGUGUAGAUCUGGUCAGCAGUUUGUCAGUUUCACCAACCCCAUCAUGAAGUAUGAAGCAGGUGUGGGCACAACAUCAAUGACUGAUGAUGCUGCAGCGUUUAGAGAGAUAGAACAUCCAUGUAUUCCAUGUAUAGACGAAUGUUCUAGAUAUGCUUGCGAUGAAUCCUGUGAAAUUGCAGAAACUGUACUGAAAACCUUCACCCUCUCAAAUCUUACCUUACCAUCGAAGAAAAUAAUAGUGAAUGACACUGGUCAUGAAAUACAACAAAUCGUUACUUACUAUUUCACAGUGAGAGGUGUGACAGGAUCGGGAGACACAGCUGUAGCUUCCUCCAAUGGAUUUUAUAUCGACGAUUCACCUCCUGUGUUUGACCAAGAAGUCAUGAGUGCCAUCUUUUACUACGAUGUAGGACAAGGAGAAUAUACUCCUGUCAAAUUUCAGAAAUCCAAUGACACGAUAAAAUGUAUCUGGAAAUGUGAUGACAAAGAAAGUGAUAUUAUGGAAAACUUCUGGGCUAUUGGUACUUCACCUGGAGCAACAGAUAUUCAAAAUUACACUUCUACGGGUCAGAGUAUCAUAGGAAUCAACAAAAGGCUGGGUGGAGUUUUAGAACAUAACAAAACAUACUAUGCCAGCUUCAUUUGUUCUAAUGGUGCAGGACUAAAUACAACAUACAUAGACACUGGAGGAGUGAUUGUGAAGCUGAUUCCACCAGAUGUCGACUCUGUGAACAACACAAUACCUGGCACAUUUCAUUUCUUAGAGGAAGUGUAUCCUAAAGACUCUCUUCAACAACAGGAUCCUAACUCAGUUGGCUUUACUUUCACCAAAUCUGAAGACCCCUCUGUCAACAGAUACGAUCUCUGUGUUGGAUCAGAAGAGGAAACAGAUGACAUUAUACCUUGUACCUGGGUUGGUUACAAUAUGUCUGGCUCUGCUGAAAUCAAAGAUGGAGCUCUCUGGAUAAACGGAGUAGAGGUCAGAAAACUAUCAGACUUGAAACCCUAUCAGGAUUACACAAACACCAAUAGCUCUGCUUCCAAUAGUUUUACCAUGCCGGUGGGCCAGCAGAUGUUUGUUACCAUGCGGCUGUGUAACGAAGCAAUGCUGUGUACUAACAAAAGUCUAGGGGUGGUGGUCAUCACCAACAGUGAUUCUGUGGUGGCUACCUCAACCAAUGGAAGCGCCAUUGAAGAGAAGCUCUCAAUUACGAGUAGGAAAAGAGCAGCAGCAGAGCUUGAUAUCCAGACACCAAGUGGUCUAGCAGAUGGCCAAGCUAUUGUUGUUACUAAAUUGAGUGAGUCUGAUCUGACCAAAGACUAUCGCUCAGACGCCUCCAUAGAUUAUGUUCCUUAUAUCAAGAAUCCAGAAACAUCUAAAGACAUGGUGGAAAGACUUUUAUACAAAAGGCUUUUUGGACAGAAUUUUGCCUUUUCUAUUGUUCCUCUUGGCAAUGUGCCAAUGCCAGGUCCUGUAGUCAUUACAUAUCCUGACAGUGUGGGCCACGUUACCACAGGCAACAGAACCAUGUUGCUUCAUUGGAAUCCAGUGAUGCAGUACUGGGAGAUCUCAAGCAGAACUUGUAAACAUCUCCCUCCAGAAGAACAGGAAGUCUACCACCCAGACAAACAAACCAUGUCUGUCAAGGUGUGCAAUACUCACACAGAAAGCAAGAUUAAUGAAAUAAUGACAAGGAGGAAAAGAGCAACAACUCCGACAGAGUAUUAUGAGAAGGAGACAAUGUUCAUUCUGUGUGUCACAAGUGCCUCUAUUUAUAAUUCUGCACCAGUACUGGACAGUCAAACUCAAGUCAACAUAAUGGAAGACUCGGGAACUUUGCACUAUCAGCUUUCAGCAGUAGAUGAAGAGGGAGACAGCGUUAUUUUCUCCCUCUUAAACAAAACACAAAGAGGCGAAGUUUCCCUUUCUAGUGAUGGAUUCUUGGUGUAUACUCCAUGUCUUGACUGCUUUGGAGAUGAAGAAAUCAACAUCCUGCUGAAAGAGAACCAGACCAGCACAGAUAUCCCACCAAGCAGCUCCCACGUAACCAUCAAUGUCUACAUCCAACCAAUCAACGACCCUCCUGUUGUCUUUCUAACACGACAUGGAUUAUUUCUUGGGAACGAAGAUAUCACGGAGGAUACUGUUAUACUACUUGAGGCUAUCAAUGAUUUCAACUUCAAUGCGAAUGGGCUCUGGAAAGCAAGGAUUGGGGCUUAUGAUGUUGAAAAGAGUGAUAUAUUAAAUAUCGUGAUGUCAAAUCCUUCCAACCUCAACUUUACUUUAAUUGAGGAAAGCAGACAAGUUCCUCAACUUUUAAAAGACUGCAAUAGUUAUGAUAGAAUUUUGCCCACCAUGAUGCCAUGUUCAGACAACUUCACACAGAACCUUCCCCAUCCUGCACCAGAAUUGUCCUGGUUAACCUACAUCAUUGAAUUCACACAGCCAAAGAAUGUUUUUGGAAAUUUCACAGUUAGUUUUUACUUUGAAGACAGUUCCAACCAGACCUCUCUACCUAUAAAUAUUAAGUUUGGCAUCAUGGAGAUGCCAUGUCACAACAACGGGAAAUGCAAAGCGACUGGAAUAUACCCCUGUGAGGACACACACCGGACCCACAGCUUUGACGCCUACUAUAGAUGUGUGUGUAGAGGAGGGUACCAGGGUAAAUACUGUACAGAGGAUGUGAACGAGUGUCUGAGUGACCCCUGUGUUCCUCCAUUUGUCUGUUACAAUGACCUGGACAGUUACCGCUGUGUUUGUCCCUCAGACAAUCCCAACUGUGAGUUUGAGGUGUGGAUGAUUUUUGUCAUUGUGCUGAUGGUGAUCAUAAUCCUCGUACUGAUAAUUAUAGCUAUCUACAGAUACAGGACCCAGAGAGGGAAAGUUUAUUUUUUGAACAAAAGAGCAUCAGAAAAGUCCAUCUCAUCGUUUGUUACUGGCAGCCAUGAUAAAUAUUCAACAUCAAACACAGACAACUUUGAAACUGAUGAUGGUAUUCAAAAAUUUUUUACCUAUGCUGAGAGGGAUGACAUAUUUCAUGAAAAGAAUGACAUUGAUAAAUAUUCCACAUCAGACGAAGAUGAAUUCUUUGUACAUCCUCCACCAAAUACAAACUGGGAUGAAAACUGGGAGAAUGAAAACAACUGUGCCCAAGAUGAAGAUGAAAAUGUUUCUUCGGUACCUCCUUUGGAAGUAGACACACAGGAUUUUUAUGAAAAGAUUGCCAAGGCUUUAGCCACCCAUAAAAAGGAUGAAUCUUUUAUUCAUCCCCCUCCCGCAGCUACCCGUUUUCCACAAUGUAUUGAAAUGCAGUCGAAACCAAUCUACGGACAAACAAGUAAAACAUUGGCAGCAAACGUACAUAACCAGGAAAAAAUUUUCCUAGCAGACAGAAGGGAAAAUACUCAGCCAAAUAGGGAAGAGAAACUAGAACCAACUGAAACCGAGACUGGUCCUGCUGAGGUAUCUGGUGGGCAAACAAACAGGGGAUACGUUGAUGAAAAUUUCACCACUCCUUUUAACAGCAGCAUUGAUACACCCACAAAAACGACGACGAUGUCUGAUGAGAACGAAUGCUGCUUGUCUACUGUGGCUUCGAACACAAGCCUGGGGUCUCCAUCUCCUACUGAUGACCUCGGGAAAUGUGACGACGAUCCUCCCAUUGAUUCCCCUCGCUUCACCACCAGACUGGCGUGGAGUCUAUCGGAAGAGGAGGAAACUUGCGAAGAACAAUCCACAUUUUGACCGUUACUCAGUGUGUGUCCAUGAUUAAAGCUAUCUGUUAGUAUCGGCAUGACUGGGCACAUUUUGAGAUUUCAAAUUAAAUGGACAUUGAAUGUGUUGUCUUAUGUAUAAUAUUAAACAGAAUUUUGUCUUUUUCUUAAAAAUUGGUUGCAUUUAUUAUAGUUUGUAGUAGAUUUUUCUUAUACAUGUGUAUUUAGAAAACUUAUAUAUAUAUGAUUUGUACUGAAAAUUUCGCUGAUCUUGUUAAGUAAUACAUGUAUUUUGGUUUGUUACACAUAUUCCUUUGCAACAAAUUCAUUAUAAAAUUAGAGCAAAAUAAGAGCAUAUACUAUGAUUCUGUGUAAUGUUUAUGUUUUAUUUGCUGCAAUAAACAAAAUACAAUGCAUUUAUAUAUACAUAUUUUGUUUUUGAUAUAGAGUUACAUUAAUUAUUGUAGUUGCAUUGAAUACUUUUUUUAUAUUGUCUACAUAUUUCAAAAAAUUUCAGAAUUAGCACUCUAAAACAUAGAUGUAUGACUUCAAAUUUUAGACACUAGCAAUGGGUACUACACAUGUUUAUACUGAUUGAGUGUGAAUAAAAUAUGUAUAAAAGGCAUAGCUCAAGCCUGGUCAUAAGGCAUCAAAAAUGUUGUUUACAGUAACUCCUUAGUAAAUUCUAUGUACACAUGCACAUCUUUAAACUUGCAUAUUUCCAUUAUUGUUCAGGUCCUGGUUUCCCUGGCGAUGGGAUUUUUAUCUCGUGACUUCCUCGUAAACUCAGAUAUCGUAUAAUUAUAGGUUAUCUUCAAGGUUUUUUUAAUUUAUUUUUUGUGGGGGUGGGGGGGGGGGGCAAGAUAUUCAUGCACGUACAUAUACGGUUUGUAUAUAUUCAAUUAUUUUGGCCAAUUUAGCAUAUUUGAAACGUACGGGAAGUCGCAAAUUUCAAGUUGU